CCAUGAUCUCGCUCACUUUUUAUGUUUUUGCCUGCGUGCUUUCUACACUAGUAUAUUAUAUCCUCAAAACUCAGAAGUCCAAAAAGCUCCCUGAAGGGUCCCGCCCAUUGCCAGGACCGAAGGGGCUCCCAUUUGUUGGUCGUGUCCAUGACGUCCCAAGUGUUGCAACAUGGCUCAAGUUCUGGGAGUGGAAUCAGACAUAUGGACCCAUAUACCAGAUGGAGAUCUUUGGAUCUGUUCAUGUUUGGAUAUCAGAUGAAGGAAUCGCCAACGAUUUGCUCUCCAAGCGCGGAAUGAUAUAUUCAGAUCGACCCGUUAUUCCCAACUUACCUGACAAUCGAACUUCUGGUAACUACCUUGCUCUUCUGGGCCGCACUGAUACAUGGAAACGACAACGCAAAUUUGCUCAUCAGAUCAUGACCAAGGCGGCUGGCGACGAUAACUACGACUAUCCGACCAUUGAGUGCAAGCGAUUCUUAUACAACAUGCUUGAUGAUCCCUCAAAUUAUCAACUGCAUGUGGAAGAGUACACCAGUCGCACGAUAUCACGUCUUUCCUGGGGUUCAGCAAGCCAUGCUCAAGAGCUGAGAAGAGGCACAUUCGGACUUCUCCAAACUAUCAGUCCAUCUGGAGCAGUACCCAAUGUCGUGUCUCCACUUGCUCAUGUUCCAUCCUGGCUCAGUCCCUGGAAGAAGAUCGAAAACGCCCGACAUGAACGAGAAGCGACCUUCUUCCGAUACGCGCUGAACACAGUCAAAGAUGCGGUGGCAGGGGGAACCACCGUUCCCAGUCUGAUGAAGAUGUUCCUCGAGGGCAGAGAGAAGGUAGGGAUCCGAGAAGAAGAAGGCCAAUACGUGGUUGGGAUGAUGGCGAUCGCGGGCGCUUUGACGAUCGGUAGCCCGAUUCAGAGUUACAUCCUGGCUAUGUGUCACUAUCCGGAAUGGCAAGCGAAGAUGAGAGAGGAAAUGCGCGACGUCUGUGGGGAACGCUGUCCUGAAUGGGAAGAUCGAGAGAAGAUGCCAUUGCUCAGGGCGGUGGUCAAAGAGGUCGUUAGGUGGAGACCGCCUGUACCUACUGGUAUCCCUCACUGCUUGGAGCAAGACGACGUGUAUAAUGGCUACUUUAUACCUGCGGGUGCCACGAUACAUGCGCUGGAGUGGGGUAUCUCACGCGACCCAAAGACAUAUCCCGACCCUGAUUCGUUCCGUCCCGACCGCUGGAUUUCUCCAAGCUUUCCUACCUAUCGCGAGCCUCUGACACAGUAUCCGAGCUUGAAGGGCUUCUCGCAAUUCGGUUUCGGCCGGAGGACUUGUCAGGGUGUGGACAUCGUUGAGCAAGAACUGUUUUUGACCAUGGGUGGCAUGGCUUGGGCGUUUGAUAUUGGGAAGAAGAAGGAUGAUCUGGGAAGGGAGAUCGAGGUUCCAUUGGCUAAGUAUACAAGCCUAUUAAUUGCGAAGCCGGAAAAGUUCGAGUUUGGUUUGACGCCCGCGAGUGAUGAGAGAUUGCGAAUGGUCAUUGAUGCUUGGGAUCACAUUUUUGAUUUGGAGGGAGAGAGUGAAGAAGAUACCUCCGCUGGGGAGAAGGAAGCUAUACUCAGUUGUUGAUCCUCAACAUGUUUCAUUGCGUUUGGGAGUUUGGUAGAUGUUCUCUCGCUAGAAUGAGCGUUUCGGAGAUACUCAAUUUGCACGAGUUACGAUAGUCAAAGUUCAUAGUAAUGAUACUCUAUUACCAUCACUGU